AUGGCUCAUUGCGAGCGGGCAUCCAAGCCGCUGCUCCAAUGCCUUCGCAGCUCUUACGCUAGAAGCCUGACGGGCCUCCAGGUCCAGGCACGUGGCUUCCAGUCGACAGCCGGCGUCGCAGAGGCUCAAUCCGAACAGACCCAACCUUUCCAUAAGAACCCCGAUCCGUCGCUUGUUACGAGCCCCCGACUGGAGAGACGAUUGAUGCGACAGGGUACCACCCCCAUUGGUUCUCGCCGUCGCCGUGCCGCGCUGCAGGGCUCCCCCAACAUUCCCUUUGAGCAGCUGCCCUACCAAUGCUUUCAAGAAGCGCGAAACCUCCUCCUCGCCGACCGGGCAGAGAAGCUGGAGGAGAUUGAGAAGAUGAGACAGAGAAUUGCGCGGGUCGAGGCUCUCUCAACCGAAGAGGCCGGGGGCGAGCAGUCACGAAAGUCUCGUUUGGGAGCCAUGCAACUGCACUUGGAGCAGCUUAAGAUCCAUGCCGAUAUUAAUGACCCGCUUGUUAAGCGUAAAUUCGAAGAUGGUCAAGGCGACAUGAGCAAGCCCAUUUACCGCUUCCUGGCUGACCGGAAAUGGCGGGAAUACCGCCGCAAGAUUCUCGUGCAGCGCAUUACACAGAUGAAGGUCGUUCCCGAUGUCCUGCCUCAUUGUGAUCCCACCGUCGACACUAAGCUGUACUUCGGCAAACGACAGGUCCAGCCCGGUGACUACGUUCUCGCCAAUGCCAGUACGACCGCCCCGAAGCUGGAUGUGCAGAUGUUCGAGCGCGGAGAGAAGCUUGUGACUAUUGCCGUCGUCGACUCCGAUGUUCCCAACGUGGAAACCGACAGCUUCGACUAUAAGACCCACUACCUCGCUGUCAACGUGCCCAUCUCGGCCGUCAACACCAAGGUUGACCUCUCUCAGCUCUCCGCUGAGUCCCAGGUUGUUCUUCCCUGGUUGCCGCCCGUUGCCCAGAAGGGUAGUCCUUACCACCGUCUCUCCAUUCUCAUCAUGGAGCAGAAGGAUUCUCAGCCUCUCGACUUUGCCGCCGUGAAGGCCAAGGAGGCUGACCGGGAAAAUACACUCCUCCGCACCAUCCAGGCACGUUAUCAUCUCAAGGCCAUUGGUGCCCACCUGUUCCGUACCAAGUGGGACGAGACCACCCUGGAGGUCAUGAAGCAGAUAGGCUUCAACGGAGCGGAUGUGGAGCUGCGCCGCAAGAAGGUCGAGCCUCUUCCUUACAAGCGCAGAAACCCUGCCUCGUUCAGGUGA